CGGACAGAACAACUGACAACAUUAGUAUUUCAGCGCUCGCGGGGAUUGCACGUCAGUUUGUUUUCUCGUUGUGCAUUUAUCGGUAAAUAAAAUCUGAAAAUGGCACCCAUUUCUAAUACAGUCGUUGGAAUUGAUGAUGACCAGCGGUUCGCGCUAAUGAAGUUUCGAAGGAGCGUUAAAGAUGUUUUGAAGCCCGAACACAAUGAUCACUUCCUACUAAGAUGGUUGCGAGCGAGACAAUGGAACCCGGAAGCUGCUGAGAAAAUGCUCCGAGAUUCAAUGCAAUGGAGGGAGAAGUGGGGCAUAGACACCACCCUAGAGUCUUGGCAGGCACCCGAAGUCCUCGAGAAUCACUUCCCCAGCGGCACCACCGGCUUUGACAAGGAAGGGUCACCACUGAUAAUCGUACCAUUUGUGGGUUUGGACAUCUGGGGUCUUCUGCACGCGGUGUCCCGGACUGACGUCAUCCGCAUGGUGUUAAGACAUCUCGAGAAUUAUCUGGCACUCGCCCGGAAACAGGCUUCCACGCAUGGACCCAACGCUCUGAAGAUGACCGUUCUCUUCGACCUGGAAGGUUUCAACAUGCGGCAGUACGCCUGGAAGCCGGCCGCUGAGUUGGUGUUCUCGUUGCUACAGAUGUACGAGGCCAACUACCCCGAGAUAUUGAAAACCUGCUUCAUCAUUAACGCUCCAAAAGUAUUCUCCCUGGCGUUUUCUGUGAUCAAAAAGUUUAUGCACGAGUACACGAUAUCCAAAAUACGUAUAUACGGUAGUGACGCCAAGAAGUGGCAAGCGCAGGUGCUCGCCAUGGUUGACAAGGACCAGUUACCAAUGCAUUACGGUGGGACUAUGGUCGACGAGAACGGAGAUCCGAAGUGCAGUUCUAUGGUCAAACCCGGAGGCAAGGUGCCCAAGAAAUACUACUCCUGCAAUAUAGUCAACGAAAAAGAAAAGGAAUAUGAGAGAGUGACGGUGAAAACCGGCGAUAAACAUAUAGUGGAUCUAUUGUGCGCUGACGGAGAAAGUGUACUGAAAUGGGAGUUGGGAGUGGACAGCCAUGACAUAAAGUUCGUGAUCAAGAAAAGAGAUCAAGACGGCAACGAGUCUGUGGUGCACGGACCGAGGAAGGUGUCUGAAGGGCCGGUGGACGUCGGAGUGUUGCCUGUCACAGGACCCGCUACAUAUUCAGUUAUAUUUGACAAUAAGAGUUCUUACCUGCGAAGCAAAAAAAUUUACUACGACGUCCUCAUCUCAGUUCCCGAAAGGGAUCUUAACAUGACCGACAUGCCUGAAGACCAAAUACCGACUGAAACAUGUGCGGUGAAAACAUAAACAAUGAUUAUUUUUUUAUAUAAUAGUCUUAUAGUCUAUGGUUAUCUGUAACGAUGUAUAAAAUAUGUUUAUAAUCUGUGACGAACAAGCAAAAUUUGGCGCGAAUCAAACUUGAACGUAAUUAGAAGCCUUACUAUUGUGAUAUAUAUUAGCAUAAGGGAUUUGUACGUAUGUAAAAACGCAUUUUAGAUUAUAGGAAUAAUAUAUCAUGAAACAACCAACAACUAUAUGAUGUACCAGGAACAAUGUGAGUUUUCAACAGAGCAAAGCAUUCUGUGAUAAUUAUAUAUCUAUACAAACUAUUUGGCCGUCUUAUAUACGGCGCAAUUAUCGUAUUUUCUAUCAUUUUAUGCAUGGACAUUGAAUAUUUGGCUUUAAAAUUAUCUUCUCAGCACAAAGCUUUUAAAAAUGUAUAUUCUAUAACAAAUGUAAUAAAAAGCUUGUAUUUAACUACAGUCACUAACUUCUCUUAUUUCAUUUGAAAUGUUACAUAAUAUUGACCUUUAAUGUAUUGUACAUAAAGUAUAUAAUUAAGAUGUUGGAAUUCAUUUUCGUUAUUUUGCAACCUGUUUAGCUGUUGUAGUAUAUAAGUUUUAUACAUUAUGACGUGUAAUAAAGUUUAUUACUGUUCAACAGAA